UAUCGGAGUUUUCAUGUAAAAUUAGCACGGCGAGUGGUUGUCUUCGAUCUUGGUGUGUAAUACGGUGUGUCGUUUGGAGGCCGAAGGCUAUUAUGCCGAUACUAUGACAAAACUUGUUUGGAUUGAAUGGCCUCCAACUUUAUUGCUCGCCAGUGAAGCACCGAUUCAACCUUUACCGUACUGAUAUGUUCAGAAGCAAGUUAAAGGAGAUUUCGGUGAAUGGAACUGUCCACAAACCACUGAAGACUAAUACUUUGGCCAAAGGUGAAUUAAAGAAAGGUGGUCAAUCUUCUCGCUUCUGCCUUGCUCGCAGUGAAAAGCAAACUACAUCUAGUAGUAAAGAAACCCAGUCCACUUCAUCUACGAAGUCUUUCCACUCUCGCUUAACUCGACGCUUUUCACCAAAACCUCCUCAACAAGAACCUUCUUCUUCUAAACCCGAGAGAAAAUGUUCCAGUGGUCAUACAACAGGUUCUGUGAAAAGUACAGUAUCAAAAAGGCGUUUACAAACUACAACUGGGAGCCCUCAACAUAGCAGUAAGAAAAAUGUUGGAGAAGGAAGUAAAAGUACAGCCCCCCAUACCUCCUGUUUUUUACCUGGUUCUCCUCAGAAAGACAACGUUAAAUCAGAACAUCGAAAGAGUGAACAAUCGUCUCCUAGUCCUAGUAAACAGAAGAAUCGCAGGUUACUGCCAAGUCGAUUAUGUGUGGAAGAACCAUCUGACUCCUCCGAGGAGUCCCAUGAAAUUCCUUUCUUGAAGAUUCACUCCCCUCCCAGACCUUGUCAUAAACCAGCAGUUGCAAAAAGUAAGCAAGAUGUUGUACAGAAUAAAUUAAAACUGUCCAAAAGCACCAAGUAUCGGCAAGUUAAAGAUCAGGGCAAAAAGAAAGUGCUUGAGGACAAAACUACAGAUGAGAAGACAACUGGUGGAUGUUUUUUGCCUUCUAAAGAUCACCUAUUAAGAAGGUUUUCUUUUACAAAGACCACAGAUGAUGAAGAUGUCACAAGCUAUCUCUCAGUUGAAGAUAACUUACAAUUGUGUGUUGUCUCUUCUGACUCUGGAAUUACGAUCUGCGAUAGUUCUGAAAAAAGUGUUCUGGAUACUGAGGCUGAAAAUAACUUUCCGAAUUAUAAAGAGAGGACAGAACAACAGAAUCUGAGUAACAAAACAAGUUCCGUUGAUGAACAAAAUGUAAAAAAUUCACAAGCAAUAACUCAUUUAGAAAUUCCAAUUAGGGAAAGUGCUUCAAAAAGUGACUCAGAAUUAGUGUCCACUAAAAAAGAUGCACAUAACCACGUAAGUAAACCUGAGUCAGCUCCAGAAGAAGAUGAAGCAAGAGAUACUUCACCAGAUGGUAGAUUUCUAAAAUUUGAAGAAGAAAUAGGACGAGGCUCCUUCAAGACAGUUUACAAAGGGUUGGACACUGCCACUGGAGUAGCGGUUGCUUGGUGCGAAUUGCAGGAACGACUAAAGAAGAGUACCCGCCAAAGAUUUCGAGAAGAAGUAGAAAUGCUAAAAGGGCUCCAGCAUCCAAAUAUUGUACGCUUUUAUGACUUUUGGGAAGUUAAUCUGCCAAAGAAGAAAUAUUUGGUCCUUAUCACAGAACUAAUGACAUCAGGAACACUUAAAACUUAUCUUCGUAGAUUUAUAAAGAUCAAUCUGAAGGUUUUAAAGUCCUGGUGUCGACAAAUUCUGAAGGGCUUGAACUUUCUUCACUCUCGAUCUCCUCCAAUUAUCCACAGAGAUCUCAAGUGUGACAAUAUCUUCAUAACUGGUACUACUGGUUCAGUAAAGAUUGGAGACUUAGGUUUAGCAACUUUGAAAAAUAGGUCAUUUGCAAAAAGUGUUAUUGGUACGCCAGAGUUCAUGGCUCCAGAAAUGUACGAGGAACGCUAUGAUGAGGCAGUGGAUGUUUAUGCUUUUGGAAUGUGCAUGCUAGAGAUGGCAACCACAGAGUACCCAUACUCAGAGUGCAUUGGGCCUGCUCAAAUUUACAAGAAGGUGAUUAAUGGUAUUCCGCCCCAAAAUUUUAGCAAAGUGGAAAAUCCUCAACUGCAAGAUCUUAUCAGCAAGUGUACCCAACUAAAAAGAGAAGAUAGGCCAACUGUGAAAGAAUUACUUCAGCUAGAUUUCUUUCAAGAGGAACUUGGUGUAAAAGUUGAGUUUGUAAACAGAGAAAAAAGUUUAACUAGUACAGAAACAAAAGUAGAGGUGCGUCUUAGAGUGUUGGAUCCAAAAAAACGCAAAGACAGACAUAAAGACAACGAAGCAAUUCAGUUCGAGUUUGAUGUUGAAACUGAUAACCCAGAUGAAGUAGCUCAGGCAAUGCAAAUGACUGGGAUAAUUAUGGAAGAAGAUGUGAAAAUAGUUGCAAUGGUAAUUCGAAAUCAAAUUGCACAAUUUAAAAGGGAGAGACACGUGAGUCUCCAGAAAAAAAUAAAAAAAUUACAAACUUUGUCACGGCAGACUGAACUACAGCAACAGCUUCAACAUCAGCAACAAGAAUUUGAAAGUUAUCAACAGCAUCAACUACAAGAAUUACAGAAACAGCAGUUUAAUUAUUUUGACAAUCUUGAUUAUCAACAAGCAAAACCACAAAAUGUAAAUCUGCCAUUAAAACCUGUAGAAUUUGGAAACUUCUCUAACACUAUUCCUAAGCUGUCCUCUCAAGUCCUUUCCAGCCAAAACAUUUUGGAGUCAACAUGCAUAAAGCAUGUGGGAGCCCAAGCCAAACAGGAUUGGAGAGAAGCCCAAGGACAGGAAGCUCAGAUUUUUAAACCACCACCUGAACAAAUAACUGAACCAGUUAGUGAAGAGUUAGAAAUUGCAGAUGGAAGACAACCAACACGCAAGAAAAUCAUAAGACGCCACAGAACUCAAGAUCAGAGCCCUAGAUUGACAGUGUUAAGUGUUGAGGAAGGUAGUGUUGUUGAGUGUCAGUUAGAGUCCACAAAGGGGAAGAAUGUGAAGUUCAAAUUUGACAUCGUAGAUGUUGUUCCAGAGGGAAUAGCAAGUAACUUGGUUAUGACGGACCUUCUUGCUGAAAAUUAUGCUGGAAUGUUUAUAGAGCAAAUACACAACAUUGUGAAGCAGAUAAAGGAACAUCCAGAUAGAGUCCCAGUGUUGCAUGUGGCAGAUCUUACUCCAACAACUGUAAUGUCUAGUCCUUCAUUUCAGAGCUUAAACAUUGCAACUGAAUUCAAUCAAGAAAAGACUCACAAAGUUCCAGAGGAUCGUGGAAGCAGAAGCAAGAAACGUACAGGACGAUGGAAGAAAAAACUUUAUGCUCUAACUCAUCUUGUGUGUUGUUGUGAUAUUUCAUCUAUGCCAAUUCCUGGAUACCUUGUCCAGCAUGCUGCUCACGUGGGUUCACAGUUUCUUGUUAAUCCAGUAAAAGAGCAACACCAGUACACUAUGCCAACCUCAGUGGUUGCAUCAGCUCCAACACCUGGAAGUUGUUAUCCUUCAGCUAACAUGGCCCAGGUGAUGAAGGAAGAUACGUUCUCCUCUCCAUCUACUGCUGGUUCCCCCCAUUCUUUACCUUACUUUCAUCCAUUAUCUCCAAGUCCAAUGACAGGAGAAUUAUAUCAACACAAUCAAGAUCAGUGUCAGAACCUGUUGUUUCAACGAGGACAGCUUUCACCGAGUGUUCUUGUGCCUGGAGUUGAAAACACCUCUCUCUCAAUUUCUACAUAUCAGCCCAUGACUCCUCCAGCACUACUCUCUGACAGUGCUUCAUCCUCUUUUCUCCAGCCUGCAGCAUGUUGUCAGCUCCCAGCAACAGCCAUAGAGAACUCUUCACAGCCAGUGUUUAUAACUCCUAAUGAAGCUGUUAACACACCUGAACAAAAAGCUUUUAUGUCUGAUGUAAAGAGUACUAACCUUUCUUCUAUUGGAGCUGUCCAAGUUUCUUCAUGUUUGUCAGAUCAAAAAGCUCCUGGAGAAGUUGGCAGCCGUCAAGUAUCAACCAAAUCUCAUAUGUAUAAUGGUACGUCUGUUAAUAAUCUAGCCAGCAUGGACAGUGCUGUUGGUAGCAGCCUGUCCUCUUCAUGUCUCAGCAUAACAGAAGGGCUAUGCAAGGUUGGACAUCCAGAACAGAGCAGUAGUAGCAGUAGCAGCGCUAGUACUCACCACCAAGCUCAUCAGCACCCACACGUUCCAGAUAUGACUUGUCUUCAGAAUAAAUUAUCUCAGUUAUCAGUGCUGACGUCUCAGGGCCAAACAGUAACCAGUAAACCUUUGACUCAGCCAGUUGAUGCUUCUUCACAGACAUCAUCCAAUCUACCUAGAAAGGAUUUUACCACGUCUACAUUAUGUUGUUCGAGUAUCACAAAAUCUUCAGCCUUAGAGGGAAGCACUCAAAUAUGUACUGAAAACUAUCCAGAGAAUGCAUUACUGUUAUCUCCUAAGAAUGAUGGAGCAGUGAGUAUGUCAAUGUAUGGCUCAGCAUCAUUGCCUCUUUCCAGUUCCCAGUUGAUGUUUGCACCUGAUGAGCAAAUAACUUCUCUGUCAAACUCCCAAUCUAUUACAUUUCCACUUUUGGCAUCAUGUUCUGCUAGUUCUGUUGUAACAGCUCAACCUUCCCGAGGUAGUAAUGAUAUACAGCAUAAUCUUUUUGGCACAGCUAAAACCAAGAUAUUAGGCCCUCAACCUGGUACAUCAAGUAGCAGAGAGGGAGAACUAAAAACAGAUCUUUCAGCCUCAGAAACCCAGUCUGGUUCUGCGGUUUCUGUUAGCAUUUUCCACUCCACUUCUACCACAACAACACUAACUACCACAGCCCCUGACUGUCAGGUUUUUGCUACCAGAGGAUCAGCAGCCAUUUCCUCACAUGCAGUCAGGUCUACUACAACUCGCAAAGUUGCUCCUACUACCAAUCUAGAAGACUUAAAAAUAGAGCUACAGAAACUACAUGGUGUAGGUGGUGGAACAACAAAUGAGAUGCCUAGCAGCACCCAAGUGAAUUAUCAGUUAUGUCGUAGUGUUUCAUUACCGACUGGCGUCACUACAAACAAAACACCUAGAAGAUUUUCUCGGUUUGUGGUAACACGUGUUCAAGAUGAUCCCCUGAUAAGGUAUAGCACGACAAUUACUACAGACAGUUCUUCCACUAGUGAUAAUACUCAGCUGUUUGAUAGUUCAACCUCUAGUUUGGCAGUUACUACAAACAGUUUUUCCACUAGUGUUACUUCUCAGCUGUUUAAUAGUUCAACCUCUUGUUUGACAGUUACUACAAACAGCUCUUCCACUAAUGUUACUUCUCAACUGUUAGAUAUUUCACCAAAACGUGUGAAUAGCUCAACCCCAGUUACUACUUCAGAAGUAAACCAGAAUUCUUCCUGCUGUUAUAAGGAUGCUUAUCCAUCUUUUACAAGUACCAAUCCGAGUGUUUCGGGAUUAGACAAAAUGCACAUUGCAGCGACAUCUCCAGUAGUCAGUUGUGGUCGAUUCCAAGUUCGAACAAUUAGAGAUGAUGUUGCCAAAGAUGCUGCUACUUGCAUUCUUUCAUCCAACAAAAACUGGGAUGCCAAUGGAAAUGUAGGAAUUCCAGAACAAAGUACACAGAAUGUUGACACUACUUUUUCAGAGCAAAUUUCUGAUACAGAGAGUCUUGCAAACUUAGUACCAUCUAUCACGAACUCUAACUUUUGUCCUGAUCGUCAGCUAUUAAAUGGACCUAUAUCUGUCAAUAUGAUGGAUUUUCUUCCUACAAAAGUAGAUUUACAAGAAGAGUUGCUUGGUGUAGGUCUUUUAAAAAGAUCCGGAGAUGGGCAACUUCAGGCUGAAGAAAACUCUAGUUUGACAUACAGGUGUUUUUCCAACCAGGAUAGAAGUAACAGUGAUUCCUGUAGCACUUUAAACAUUCUUUCCUCAGAAACAAUGAAAAGUUUGAAGCUGGAUCUGGUCAGAAUAAUGCAGGGCAUGCACAAUGACCGAUCUAGUCAGUACAUUCAGGCUGGUGGUUCAGACUCUGUCUUGAGUCAGAGUCCCCAGCAUGACUCGGCUACCAUCUGUACAGGAGUUUCAAGUCAAUCUCUCUCUACGGCUCAUUAUACUCCUUCAUCUCCAGAUGUGAAAGAAGCUGAAACCCAGACAGAGCAAUUGUUGCACAGAAAUGUUGCUGCCAGUAACCAGUUUUUUGUACCAAACAAUAACAGGCUUGAGAAAACAAGAAGUGAAACAGCCCUUAAUUAUUGUCAAGGUACUACAGAUCCAUGUACAGAUAAAGGUGUAUUGGGCAUUACCUAUACAAGGCCUAGCAUACAACAUUUUUCUCAGAGUCUUAAUAAUGUAAAUAUAGAAAACCUCCCUCAUCUGGAUACUUUAGAAAACAUCAGGCUGCCCAGGAGUUCAAGUGUAAACUCUUUUUCAGGAUUCAACAAUUCAGUUGAAUUAGGACGUAGUGCAUCUUUGGGCAAGUUUCCGAGUGAAUUAAUAUGUGAUGAAAAUGAUUCCAAACAAGAUGUUGACAGUGAUAAUUUCCUACAGAAUCUACUUGUGAGGCAGAAGCAAGAGCGUGAAGAGUUAAAGAAAAGACACCAGAUGGAACUAGAAACUUUUAAACAUCAGAGAAAGCUUGCUUCUCCCAGAGUUGGACAUAAACGUAGUGACAGUGCUAGUGCAGUAUAUCCACAUAGAAGUAACUUACAACUUGGUAAUGGUUUUAUUCAGAGUUCAAGGCACCAAAUGAUUCAACCUUCAAGUUCUUCUCAGCAAAGUAUGUCUAGAUAUGAUGGACAGUGGUCAUGUCAAAGUCCAAAAACUCCAGAUUUAAAUAUAGGGUCAUCAGUAGAGCCAUACUACCUUCCAAUUCAACAUUUUUGUAGCCAUAGCACGAUCCCGAUCCGGCCUUUACCAAAAGCUUGCCCAUAUCUUCCUCAAACCAGCAAUAUCCCUCAUUUCAACAGAAGUACCCCUGGAAGGGCAAGAUUUGAGUGGGGAGGAUACUUGUAUUCCCGGCCAGUACAGCGCUCCUCUUCCUAUGACCACUUAUUUGCUUUUCAUCCAACUAGAGAUAAAUCACCAGCACCAAAACAUGGUACAUUUACCCAAGACUUACAGAAUCCAGUUCAAAACAUGAGAGGCAACAAUGUUGCUCGAAACACCCAUCACAUAAUUGGAAGUAUUGAAUCAAAGAUGACUCUCAACCAGAUAAGACAACUACAGAUGCAAGAAGUUAUGAAGGAUCAACAUUAUGUUCCUACUGGCUACUUCACACCACCCCCUCAAUCACCUGUCAAUAGCCCCUUGUCAUCCCCACGCCAUACUAGAGGAAUUCCCCAACUACAAAGAACACUUAGUACAGGGCUUUCAACUCCCAGCAUUCCCUUGGGUGUUUAUAUCGGUGCAGGCGAUUCUAACCAAAACUACUAUGGUUUCACUUAGUCACUUCAAUCAACAAACUUGGUUGACUACUGCGUCAACUUCUUUUUUUAGGACUACCACAUAAUAAUUAUAAGCACUCCAGCCAGUAACUACUUGUACUGCUUCCACUAUUACAGCUUAGUUAAAAAAAGCUAAUAAAGUGUAAGAUAUUCUAUUUAAAACCUUUUCUUUAUAUAAUAUAAAGCAAAAUGUGAUUUUGUUAUAAGAGAAUUUAUUACAAAAUAUUUUUUUAUAUUUUGCUGCAAAAGAAAAUUGUAACUGUAUCUACUCAAUUGCUUUUCUUUUUCAGUCUUAGUCCCUCUGUUCUAGUAUGUGUUAUAAAUGGCUUAGGCCCUCUGUUCUAGUAUGUGUUAUAAAUGGCUUAGGCCCUCUGUUCUAGUAUGUGUUAUAAAUGCCUUAGUCCCUGUUUCAGCCUGCAUUAUAAAUGCCUUACUCCCUUUGUUUCAGCCUG